GCAACCGGCUGCUUUGUUUCGCCGGGGAAGGAGGAGGAGGGACCGGCCGCCCUUCUCCUUCUCCGCCUCCUCCUCCUGCGGGGCGUCUCUGGCGGCGUCUGGCGGCUGCUGCCCCCCUCCCUCCCCCCUCCAAGGGGGGCUUCUUCCUCCUCCCCCCCUCCAAGGAGAGCCCCCCCGCCCCCCGCCCGCCGCGAUGUCGCAGGGCGACGUCCCUGGCCCGGAGGGCGGCGCAGCCCUUUGCCCGAAGGAGGCCGGCGGCGGCGGCGGCGGCGACGGGCAGAGGACCAGCGACUUCUACCGGGUGGAGGAGAAGCUGCCCGCCCGGUUCAACCACCCAGGGUGGUUUCGGGGCUACAGGCCGAAGGAGCGCAACCCUCUGUUCAGGACAAGCAACAUGGACUACGGCGCGAAGCCACCCACAGUCCACGAGAUGCCGACGAGCUACCACAGCACGCCGCACACCUUCUCGGAUCAUUACGUCAAGUUCGGCAUGUACAGGAACAGCGGGAUCAACUCCGCCAUGGACAAGAGCACCGUGACCGGCCCAGACAACUUCAUCACUUUCUUUGACACGUUCAACUUCCACCCCAGUUACCGGAUUGGCGGCCCGUCCUUCUGCGAGUAGCUGCGGGCAGGCGCCUCCUCCCCGAGCCUUUUCCUGCCCUGGCACCCACCAAGACACAACUCCGACAUUUCCUGCCUCAAAACUCCCGGAGAUGUACUUGCCGGGGUGGGGGCCCUGUUGGCUGCAAUGCACACUCAAUGCUCUCAGUUCCCUCUGCAGCAAUUCUGGAAGGCGUCUGGAUUGCGCCUGGGAAAGAUCCCGACUGGGCUUGCCUACGCUUCUGUAGCAAGAGCAUGACCUGCCAUUAAAGCAUUGCGGAUCAGCA